AUGGCUGAAGGUCUUACCCGGUACCAUAGCGUUCCUCCAAGCGAUGCCAUUAUCAUUCACGAUAUGCAAUCCCUAAGAGAUCUUUCUAAGGCCAACCCCGAAACAUGUCUUCAUACAGAGAAUGGAGGAUACUACCUCAAGACUCAAAGCCAAGAGGUCAUUGCUAUUGCUGCCGACGACCUAUGUAAGGAGCUAGAUAUUGCUGCAGCUAGUGCUUAUGCUGUACAUGUCGCCGAAGGCGAUGGGUUCGAAGAUGGAGAGUCUGUAUCUUCGCCUGUGCCAGAUUUUACGAAGAGGGAUGAUCACGCAAGUAGCUCACUUCCCGAAGGCAAAUGUAGCCACCCUCGUUGUUUCGUGACUCCUACCUGUUUGGAAUAUUCAUUUUGCCACACCUGCCUUAUUGACGCGCGCGUGAAGCGAUGUAUCUAA